AUGGAUGGUCCUAAAGGUCUUCCUGGUGAUAGUGGAGACCGUGGAGACCCCGGAGACUACGGUGUUGGCGAACCAGGCUUACCUGGUGAGAAAGGAGACCGCGGCGAGAUGGGACCUGAGGGUGAGAAAGGCUACCCUGGACUGCAAGGACCUCCUGGUCCGAUGGGUGACACUGGUGAUCGGGGACCUCCUGGACAAGUAGGUCGCCCCGGUCCGCCUGGUGACCCCGGAGACUCCAUUGUUGACCAUGUGCCCGUCAAGGGUGAACGCGGUAUGCCAGGCGAACCCGGAGAACCCGGUCAAAAUUGUACAGCCUCCACCCUCUAUCCGCCCCCGUUUGACACCUCUGGACCGCCCGGUGAUCGAGGUGAACGUGGUCCGAAGGGCUACCCGGGUCUGAAAGGUGAUGAGGGCGACCGUGGCAUUGACGGCAUGAUGGGAGAACGCGGUCCUAAGGGUAAACCCGGCACGCCCGGACCAUCGGGACCCAAAGGUGAUAAAGGACGUCAAGGCCAGCACGGUCCAAAGGGUGCGCGCGGACGAGAUGGUCUUAUAGGUCUUCAAGGACCUCCCGGACCCAAGGGUUACCCUGGUGAGCCUGGCGAGGACGGUCUGCGUGGCAUGCCUGGAGAACCCGGCGAGCCCGGAGGUGAUAGCACUUGUACAGGGAUUCUUCAAGGCAGGCAAGGGGAACGCGGUCCCCCUGGCGAGUCUGGAGACCGCGGUCCAACCGGUCCUCAAGGUCAGCCCGGGUAUUCGGGUCCGAAGGGUUUCAGUGGUCCCCCAGGCCCGGUAGGUGACACUGGACCCGACUGUCCAAUUGGACCAGUUGGAGUGAAGGGCGAAAUGGGUGACCGCGGUAAGAGUUAG